UCGUUGUUCCCCGUGCUGGAUUUGAGCCUGGAGUCUCUCGGGGAAGAUGAGCAGCGCCUUCUACUUAGCCUGGUCGUGCUCGCCCCUGGCGUUUCGGCCCCGGUCACUAUGCUUGCCAGCAUCUGAUAAGGACAACAUGGGUGCCAGGAACGAAGCUGACUUCUUCGUGAGCAACUCUCUUCUGCAAGAGGUGGAUGGCUCCUUUCGCGUGCACGACCUUCUGUUGGACUUCGCUCGGACUAGGUGCGAGAAGGAGAUCAUCGACGAGGCCGUGGAACGCCAAAGCCAAUUCCUGGGCAGGCUGGCUGUGCUCCGGGGCUAUGAAGCCGAGGGUGAGUCCCUUGAAGGCUUUUACUCCCUCAUCGUCCUGUGGCGAAAACUGGCAGAGCUUUGUGGCAACAAGCAGUUGGAGGUGGAAGCCUACGACGCCAGUCUCGGGGAGCUCGGCGACGACGAAUCAACAGGCGCCGCGGACGCCUUCUCAGCUGUGGGGCGAUUGCUUCAACUCGAGGGCAAGUACGACGACGCUGAACCGCUGUAUGAGCGGUCACAGGCCAUCCGAGAGAAGGUGUUGGGUCCGGAGCAUCUGGAUGUUGCUCAGUCGCUCAACAACCGGGCGGCGUUGUUGCACAAGCAGGGCAAAUACUCGGAAGCUGAGCCCCUCUAUGAGCGGUGCCAGGCGAUAAAGGAGAAGGUUCUAGGCCCUGAUCACCCAAGUCUAGCCACAACGCUCAACAACAGGGCGGUGUUGUUGAGAGCACAGGGUAAAUACUCCGAGGCUGAGCCACUCUAUGAGCGGUGUCAGGCGAUAAAGGAGAAGGUGCUGGGCUCUGAGCACCCAAGUCUAGCCACAACGCUCAACAACCGGGCGGGGUUGUUGGAGGCACAGGAUCAGUUGCUCAACAACAGGGCGGACCAGGGCAAGUAUGCUGAAGCAGAGCCACUCUAUGAACGAUCGCAAGCCAUACGAGAGAAGAUGCUGGGACCAGAGCAUCCGGAUGUGGCCCAGUCGCUCAACAACAGGGUUGUUGAGCAUUUGUUCCUCCGCAUUGAAGUAUCUACUAGCUUUGACUUGUCGUGCCUUUCCUUCAUGUUUCAGGGCAAGUACGACGAAGCCGAGCCUUUAUACAAGCGCUCUCUGGCUAUCGAUGAGAAAGUGUACGGUCCUGAUCAUCCGGAUGUCGCUACAGCUCUCAACAACUGGGUGCGGUUGUUGAGCAUUUGUUCCUCCGCAUUGAAGUACCUACUAGCUUUGACAACACUUCUUCCUGUCGUGCCUUUCCUUAUAUUUCAGGGCAAGUAUGACCAAGCCGGGCCGCUGUAUGACCGUUCCCUUGCCAUUCUCGAGAAAGUUCACGGGCCUGAUCAUCCGGACGUGGCCCAGUCGCUCAACAACAGGGCGGAGUUGUUGAGAGCGCAGGCGAUCAAAGAGAAAGUUCUAGGCGCCGAGCACCCGAGUCUGGCCACACCACUCAACAACCGGGCGCUGUUGUUGGAGAGUCAGCUGCUCAGCAACAGGGCGGAGUUGUUGAGAGCGCAGGGCAAGUACGACGACGCUGAACCGCUGAAUGAGCGGUCACAGACCAUCCGAGAGAAGGUGCUGGGUCCGGAGCAUCCGGAUGUUGCUCAGUCGCUCAACAACAGGGCGGGGUUGUUGGAGGCACAGGUGAGAGCCAAACGAUGUUUCCAGAUGCUUCUAGAAGGGAAUCUAGAAAGGAAUGUUUUUUCCCAGUUCUAGAUCCGGCUUUUAUUGAACAAUUACCCUGCCACGCCGUCGACCGUGUUUCAGGGCAAUACGACGAAGCCGAGUCUUAAUGCAAGCGCUCGCUGGCUAUCGAUGAGAAAGUGUACGGUCCUGAUCAUCCGGAAGUCGCUA